CAUUUACGUGUGUGGUUUAUAUGCUACAUGAUUAGCUGUAAUGUUGCUCUUGCUGUGGUAAAAGUCGAGUUCUAUUGCAGUUUCCAUUAGAGUUGCUUUUCCAGAUUGAAUUCGGCCAUGGAAAGUUAUAGCAUGGUGAGAAAGAGUUCUAUAGAUGAGAUAUUCGAGCAGAGCUCUUGUGCUGUUUGCCAUCCUAGCGAAGGAAUGCCCCAAGGUUAUCUAACCUUGGGGAUUUUGAAAAGUGGGUCUGCAACACAGAUCAAAGAGUCUCUGUAUCGAGUACAUUCAGCAGGAUACGAAAAGUUGGGAGAACUAAAGCAGCCGAUGCAGACUCAAAAGCAUCAAAUUGGAAGUACUCUUAACUGUUAUAAAGCAAAGGAAGAAACUGAAGUACUAAAGCAUGAUAAGAUACUCAGUACACAACAGUGCUUCCUAGGUUCCUCUUUAUACUAUGGGGGACCUGAUGAGCUUUAUGAAAUUCCAGAAAAUGGUCAGGAAAAACAAAGUGAGACUAAAAUGGCAGUAAAAGAAUUGGAAGAGACAAUCGACCCAUUUCAUCUUGAAUGUUCCCGAAGGGGAAACUGUUGGGAAGGUUCUCUUUACUAUUAAGUUCAAAAUUCCCUCAAACUCUGGGAUUUUAUCAACAUUUGAGGUGACUGAUUUUCAUGGUGAGAUGCGUGAUGUAUUAGUGAGCUUAACAAUAUAAAAUUGGUAAAUAAUAAAAUUGGUAAAUAAUAGUCUUCUUUAAAUGGGAAAAUUGUAAACUGAAUAGUAGCUCUAUUAAUUAAGCUGGAAGUAUCACCUAAUUAUUUAUAUAUUAGGUUACCAGUGUUUGUGUGGAUACUAUUGUUGGAGUAGAGAAUGUAUUGUAUGAGUUGAACUCAUUUGUACUCUAUGCCUGAAAAUUUCUCCUCAUGUUCCUGAAUCAUGCCAUAUUACAGAAAGGACAGGCAUUAUAUAAUGCAAGUGAAGUUUGUAAA